UUUCAUACUCUGCAAAGUAUUUUCCCAUCUGCUAUCACCACUCUCAUCUUCACAGCAGCCCUAGGAGGGAGACAGAGCCAGAAUUAUCUUCCCCAUUUUAUGGUGGGUAAACUGAGGUCCAGUUUAACAAAAGCGGCUUUUCUGAGCUCACGAAGUUGGUUAGUGUCAGCACUGGCCAAGGAACCCAUGACUCCAGCCCCUUUUCUCUGCCUCUGACCACCUUCCAAUUGCUACAUUUUUGUUUUCUUUUUGAUAUCUCUGUCUCAGUCUCUCUGUUUUCCUCUUUUUUUAAAAAAUAAAUUUAUUUAUUUUGUUUAUUUUCGUUGCUGUGCGCAGGCUUUCUCUCUAGUUGCGGUGAGCAGGGGCUACUCUUCGUUGCAGUGAGCAGGUGUCUCAUUGCAGUGGCUUCUCUGGUUGCGGAGCACGGGAUCUAGGCGUGCGGGCUUCAGUAGUUGUGGCACGUGGGCCCUAGAGCUGUGGCGCACAGGCUUAGUUGCUCUGCGGCAUGUGGGAUCUUCCCUGACCAGGGCUCAAACCCGUGUUCCCUGCAUUGGCAGGCGGAUUCUUAACCACUGCGCCACCAAGGAAGCCCCUGUCUUCCUUUUGCUACUUCAGUUUCCCUCUGCCUCUUGCUUCAGCCCUCGGGCUGGAGUCAGCUUUGCAAGUUGUCCAAACGUUUUCUCACUUCCAAAAUCUGCUGGCCAUAGCCCCAGCCCCUGCCCCAGGCCACCACAAGCUCAGCAGUCUCUGCAGAGAACAAACCCUUUCUAGACGCCAAGGUGCAGAUAGGUGACACCUCCGGCCUCUCCAUCUGGCCUCAGGUAAGAUAAGGGUGGGGAUCAGCACUAUAAACAGGCCCCCAUCAUCCCUGGCCCAGGCCCCAGCUCACUCAGGCCACGUCAGCCCAGGAUCAGCAUGGCUGUCCGCCUGUGGGUGGUCACCCUGGCCUUGGCUGCCCUCUUCCUUGUGGACAGGGAAGUGCCACUGUCGGCAGCAAAGUUCAUUUUCUAAAGAAUGCCCGUCUGUGAGCACAUGGCAGAAUCUCCAGUCUGCCCCUAGAUAUAUGACCCGGUCUGUGGCACUGACGGGGUCACGUAUGACAGUGAAUGCAAGCUCUGCUUGGCUCGCGUGUAA